AAUCAAAAGAUUUUUAAAUUUGCUUUGCUUUACUUUACCAAAUGCCGACACUUUUCACCUUCUCACACAUGAACCAAUAAUACAGCCCACCUCUCUUUUCUCUUCCUCUCUCUCCAUCCCAUCCCAUCCCAUCCCAUCUCUCUCUCUCUCUCUCUCUCUCUCUCUUCUAUGUGUCUACUCUGGUGGCUCAUCUCAUCGUAUUGCAGCAGAGGAAGAGUUGACACAGAUUGAAUCCAACGUCUGAAGGUGGGUAAACUAUGUGAUUUGAUUGAACUAGAAUUUGUGUUGAGUUUUCUAGUCAAAUUGGUUUUGGAAUUUUUCCAAGGUUGAGCCGAUUUUAGGGCUUGUUGCACGGGAUGAUGAUAAUGUUUGAUGAAAUGGGAUUUGGAGGAGAUCUUGAUUUCUUUUCUGCUCCGCUUGGGGAUGGAGAUUCGGCCGCCCCUCAAGCUGAACCAGAGGCUGUUGUGGACGAUGAUUACAGUGACGAAGAGAUUGAUGUGGAUGAGCUUGAGAGAAGGAUGUGGAGGGACAAAAUGAGACUGAAACGUUUGAAAGAAAUGAAUAAGGGUAAGGAAGGAGUUGAUGCUGCCAAGCAAAGGCAGUCCCAGGAGCAAGCAAGGAGGAAGAAGAUGUCGAGGGCCCAAGAUGGGAUUUUGAAAUACAUGCUGAAGAUGAUGGAAGUUUGCAAAGCCCAGGGCUUUGUUUAUGGGAUCAUUCCAGAGAAGGGAAAGCCGGUGAGUGGGGCAUCAGACAAUCUUCGUGAGUGGUGGAAGGACAAAGUGAGAUUUGAUCGUAAUGGCCCUGCUGCAAUAGCGAAAUACCAAGCGGAUAAUUUGAUCCCGGGGAAGAACGAGAGCUCAAGCGCAGUAGGGCCUACUCCACACACUUUGCAGGAGUUACAGGACACCACGCUUGGUUCACUUCUUUCAGCUCUCAUGCAGCAUUGCGAUCCCCCACAAAGGCGGUUUCCGUUGGAAAAAGGUGUUCCUCCACCGUGGUGGCCCACUGGGAAUGAGGAAUGGUGGCCUCAAUUGGGUUUGCAGAAGGAUCAAGGUCCUCCACCUUACAAGAAGCCUCAUGAUUUGAAGAAGGCGUGGAAGGUUGGUGUUCUCACUGCAGUGAUCAAGCAUAUUUCUCCCGAUAUUGCCAAGAUUCGCAAGCUUGUAAGGCAGUCUAAGUGCUUGCAAGACAAGAUGACAGCUAAAGAGAGUGCCACUUGGCUUGCAAUUAUCAAUCAGGAGGAAGCUUUGGCCCGAGAACUUUACCCAGAUCGUUGCCCCCCCUUAUUGUCCAGUGGUGGUAGUGGGUCUUUUGCCAUUAAUGAUUGCAGUGAGUAUGAUGUUGAAGGGCCUGAAGAUGAACCUAACUUUGAUGUUCAGGAGCAAAAACCCAACAAUCUCAAUUUGUUGAACAUGGGUAUGGAGAGAAUCAAAGAUAGGUUACCGGUUCAACAACUAUCUCAUCCGAUCAAAGAUGAAGUCAUCACUAAUUUGGAUUUCACCCGAAAGAGGAAGCCAACCAAUGACUUGAACACCAUUAUUGAUCACAAGAUCUAUACAUGUGAGUUCCUUCAAUGUCCUCAUAGUGAACUCUGCCGUGGUUUUCAUGACAGGUCAUCCAGAGACAAUCAUCAAUUGACUUGCCCAUUUAGAAGCAAUUCUUCGGAGUUUGUGCAUCCAAACUUCCAUAGUAAUGAAUUCAAACCGGUUGUCUUCCCUCGAUCUUUUGCUCAGCCCAAGCCAGCUGUUCCAUCAGUUAAUUCAAUCCAACCUUCCUUCGAUCUAUCAGGACUUGGUGUUCCAGAAGAUGGGCAGAAGAUGAUUAGUGAGCUUAUGUCAUUUUAUGAUGCUAAUAUUCAAGGAAACAAGCACUCAAAUUCUGUGAGCAUCCCAGUUACCAAAGGUCAGACUCUUUCGCAGGCUCUUCCUCAACCAAAUGUUCAUUGCCAACAGGAGAACAACUAUAUACUUGGUCAAGGGGCUGUGAUGGAGGGUGGUGGUAAUAUAUUUGAAGAAGCUAACAUGCCCGUUAACUGUCAGAUGUUUUCGCAACAGGAAGAUCGGUUCGACCAGGGGAAGGUUUUGAAUUCUCCAUUCGAGGCCAACCCGAAUGACAACUUCCAUUUGAUGUUUGGAUCUCCUUUCAAUCUCCAAUCAGUUGAUUACGCUGAGGGUUUUCCAGGAGUUGCAAGGGAUACACUAGCAAAGCAGGAUGUCUCGAUUUGGUACUAGAAAGAAGAUUGCUGAUAUGAAUAUCCACAGUAAUAAUAAUCCUUUAGGGUUUAUUGAACUCGGAUAUCGUUAUAGAUAGGGUCAAGUGAAAUAUUUUUUCCUUGGCCAUAUUUUAUAUGGUACUUGGCUUUUACAAUGUAGCUGUAGGGUUUGCAAGGGCUGGUAAUUUGCAGAAAUUGGGUAAUAAACAAGUGAAGUGGGACUUUGUCUAAUGUUUGACCCUGCUUUUGCAAUAUUUAGACUAUUUAGGUGUUAUAUAAAUAAAUUAGUUGUGUUUUGUGGUUGUUAGAUAUAUAGGUUGAAAACUUUGAAUUCUAUUGUGCUGUUUCUGUUGUUUGGUUUUGUUGAAUGGAAAAGCAGUUUGUCUCUUCACUCA